AUUUUGCCACCUUCCGAACAAGGAAAGUCCAACUAAAAAAGUGGAAAAGUGGCUGCUGAGAAUGGUGGACUUGGAUCCACUCUACGAUGACCAGUUACCCUCAUCUCCUCGGUACGUGACCUUUAAUGUUGAGGCAAACCAGAGUGAGAGGGAGGCUUCAAGCGGCCCUCAAAAAGGGAAACUAAUGGGAACAAUUCUAAAAGGUCACAUGGGUCCCAAAGGAGAUGAAAUGCACCCCUCAAGGUCACCCAGUCCUAAACUAGUCAUCGAUCAGGACAUCCCAUUCAAAGCACACAUGCCAGCGAAGACAUCCAGCCCUAUUGACAUAAAUAUGGCUGUCAAAGCGCUCGACAUUGAAAAAGACCGAGCUAUGUCUCCACUUCUGUUUGCCUGUGAGGAAGAUGGAGACGCAAAGACAGAGCCUCCACCCAAUGGACACGUCACAGAGGAAAGUAUAGACUUUGAGUUUGAGUCUCCUCCAAGCAAGGUGGUAAUAAGCAGACCUAAGAGGUCCAGUGAGCAAAAUAAGGUGGAGGAAGCACGCAAAGAGAGUCAAACUCUAAAAAUAAACCCACCGCAGAAACCUCAAACACCUGUUGUGGAGGUCCAAAGAAAAACACCAAGGAUAGAAAUGGUAGACCCCCCCGCAGCAGCAGUGAGACGAGAGCCUGAACUCGCAGCUCCUGAGAAAAGAAUUGAAACUGUUCCAGAGCAGCCGUUAGUGGAGCCCGUCCGCGUGCAUAAAAACAUCGCGGCUUUUCUUCAGAAGCUCAGAGAUGCCGCACAGUCCAAACCUGCAUGUACGAGGAAGUCUGCAUCACCCAUGAAAGUACCCACUCCUCCUCCUGAACCAGAGGAUGAUUUCCUGAUUCUGGAGGACGACCCUGCUCCUUUUUGGGUUUCCAUCCGGAGUAAAACUGCCAAGAAACAGAAACGGAGCGGAACGACCAGCAUCGUCAAAGGCAGCGUGACAGAUAAAAGCACGAAGAGAAGCUCAGCUGAGACACAGCAGGAACCUGAAGAGACGGAGAGAAAACCAAGAGCGCCCAGUGGCAAACGGAAGACGAAGAAAACGAAAGAGAAGAAGAACGAGGUGACCGAGGCUGAGGAGGAACUACCCGGUCCUGAGGAGCCUCCUGUGGACUCGAUAGACGAGAAGAGGCCAAACGAGAAGAAGCCAAACGAGAAGAAACAAGGACUGAAGAAGGUACCGUCUGAAGACAGCGACGAGGAAGAGGAGCCGCCGAAAACAAGCAAGGAAACACAGGAAGAUGAACCCGCUGUGAGAAUAGAUAAGAAAGCUCUUUACUCAAAGACUUUAAAAGAUGCCAAGACGAGCAGAGCUAAGCCGAUGAAGACGGGCAAAAAAGUGCCGCAGGGAUCUGAUGGAGAAACGGACAAGGCUUCAAAGAAACAAGGUCCGAGCAGCGAGGAAGUGGGGGCUACAGACCUGGGGGCUCUUUCAGGUAAACAACUCCUAAAAUCUCUUCAUACGUGUUGA